CUGGCAAAGAAACGUCUCCCACCAGUCACACUAUACAGCGACUGAGGGCAUCCGCUCUGGACCUCCUGAAAGUGCAUGCCUUCCUGCUAGUAGGCCUACAGCUCCUUUAGAUCCAUGGCACGAGCAUACGUGUUCAACUGGCAGAAGCCUCUUCCCAGCUUCAUGCAGGAGGGGGCAUACUUUGACCGAUUUGAAGAGGAUCCUUUUGUAUUUGAACCACAGUGCUUUUUCAAAGUGGAUGAGUUUGGUUUCUUCCUUACAUGGAAAAGUGAAGGAAAGGAAGGUCAGCUUUUGGAAUGCUCUCUUAUCAACAGCAUACGCAGCAUCAUACCGAAGGACCCCAAGACUCUGUCGUCCCUGGAGUCGAUGGGAAGGAGUGAGAAUGACUUGGAGGGUCGCACUAUCUGCAUAUGCAGUGGCCCUGACCUGAUCAAUCUCACAUUCACGUUCAUGGUUGCCCAGAAUGUCAAUGUUACCAAGCAGUGGACUGAGGGCUUGAGGUCACUGAUUCACAACUUCAGGGCCAACAACGUGUGCCCCAUGACAUGCCUAAGGAAACAUUGGAUGAGGCUGUCAUUUCUUACAAAUGUGAAUGGAAAGAUUCCAGUGAGAAGUAUUACAAGAACCUUUGCCUCAGGCAAAACUGAAAAAGUAAUCUUCCAAGCACUGAAGGACUUAGGUCUUCCCGGUGGAAAGAAUGAUGAAAUUGACCACUCUGUGUUUACUUUCGAUAAGUUUUAUGCACUCACACAAAAGAUCUGUCCCAGAACUGACAUUGAGGAACUCUUCAAGAAGAUAAAUGGUGGCAAAAGUGAUUAUUUAAACGUAGACCAAUUAGUCUGCUUUUUAAAUGAAAGUCAGCGAGAUCCACGGCUCAAUGAGAUUCUGUUUCCUUUCUACGACGCCAAGCGAGCCGUGCAGAUAGUGGAGAGAUAUGAGCCCGAUGACAAGCUGAAAAGAAAAGGCCUUAUGUCGAGCGACGGCUUCUGCCGCUACCUGAUGUCAGACGAGAACGCCCCCGUCUUCCAGGAUCGCCUGGAGCUCUACCAGGACAUGGAGCAUCCACUGGCCCACUAUUUCAUCAGCUCCUCGCACAACACCUACCUGACAGGCCGCCAGUUUGGGGGGAAGUCCUCGGUAGAGAUGUACCGUCAGGUGCUCCUGUCAGGCUGCAGGUGUGUUGAACUUGACUGCUGGGAUGGCAAGGGUGAGGACCAGGAGCCUAUUAUCACUCAUGGCAAGGCCAUGUGCACAGAAAUCCUCUUCAAGGAUGCUAUUCAGGCCAUCAAGGAAACUGCCUUUGUGACAUCUGAGUACCCUGUCAUUCUGUCCUUUGAGAACCACUGCUCCAAGCCUCAGCAGUACAAGUUAGCCCGAUACUGUGAAGACAUUUUCGGGGAUCUGUUGCUCCGGGAGCCGCUGGAAGGCUUUCCAGCUUCUGAGUUGGAGCCCGGCUGCCCUCUGCCCUCUCCCCGCGACCUCAAGAGGAAAAUCCUCAUUAAAAACCGAAGAUCCAAACCAGAGGUCGAGCAGAAGGAGCUGGAGGAUUUUAAGAGGAACAGGGACGCAGGUCCCAGCGCCAAGGAGAAUGAAGACGAACCAUUUAGUGACGGUGUGGACGAGGCCCACCCAGAGCUUCAGCUGGGGAUGCCUUUCUGCUCCAGUGAGCCGAGCGGUGUGACCCAGGUGGACAGCGGCGGGGAAAUGACACAGGAUGAAGUGGAGAUAUUAGAAGCCCCUGAUCAAGAGAACGGCAAAAAGGUCGGUGAAACAAACGUGGACGAACUGUACAUCAUCAACAGCUACCACUACGUCGCAGCCACGACCAACGUCCACCCCUACCUCUCAUCGAUUGUCAAUUAUGCCCAGGCUGUGAAGUUUCUGGGCUUUGAAGUAGCAGAGGAGAACAACAUCCAUCACAACAUGUCCUCGUUCAACGAAACGGUCUGCCUGGGACUGCUGAAGACGAGUGCCAUUGAGUUUGUGAACUACAACAAGCGGCAGAUGAGCCGCAUCUAUCCCAAAGGGGGCCGGGUAGACUCCAGUAAUUACAUGCCUCAGAUCUUCUGGAAUGCCGGCUGCCAGAUGGUGGCUCUGAACUUCCAGACCCCAGAUCUGGCUAUGCAGCUCAACCAGGGCAAGUUUGAGUACAACGGCUCAUCCGGGUACCUGCUGAAGCCAGACUUCAUGCAGCGGCCCAAUCGGAUGUUCGAUCCGUUCUCCGAGACCCCGGUGGACGGGGUGAUAGCCGCCACGUGCAGCGUUCAGUUGUUCUCUGGUCAGUUUCUGUCGGACAAAAAAAUUGGGACGUACGUGGAGGUGGACAUGUACGGACUGCCCACAGACACCAUCAGAAAAGAAUUCAGAACAAAGAUGGUGAUGAAUAAUGGACUCAACCCAGUAUACAACUCAGAACCUUUUGUAUUUCGAAAGGUAAUCCUGCCAGACCUGGCCGUGCUGAGAAUAGCUGUGUAUGAUGACAACAAUAAGCUGAUUGGCCAAAGGAUUCUCCCCCUGGAUGGGCUGCAGGCGGGCUACCGACACAUCUCGCUGAGAAAUGAGGGCAACAAGCCGCUCUCGCUGCCCACCGUCUUCUGCAACAUCGUCCUCAAAACAUAUGUGCCCGACGGCUUUGGGGCCAUCGUGGAUGCAUUGUCUGAUCCAAAGAGGUUCUUAUCCAUCACUAAGAAGAGAGUGGACCAGAUGAAGGCCAUGGGGAUUGAGGAGUGUGACAUCGUGGACGUGCCGAGCGACAGCUCCAAGAGCGAUAAAAGGAGGAAGGUGAGCCAGGUGAAGGCCAUAGUCAGCCCGUGUGAGAGCGCCCAGCUCUGCCACAACUCCUCGUCCACUCAGCUCGCCGGCUCCUCCACAGCGGGAGAUACAGCCCUGCUGGUGCAUCCAGUCAGCGUGGAUGACUUGAAGCAAAUGAAGACCUACCUCAAACUUUUGAAAAAACAACAGCGUGAGCUCAGUGCCUUAAAGAAGAAACAUGCAACGGAGCAGUUGGCAAUGCAGAGGGCCCACAGCACACAAGUGGACAAAAUCGUGACUCAGCACACCAAGGACAAGGGCACUCUGGAGAAACAGCUGGAAAAAGCCAUUAAGAAAGCGGGUGAGAAGAACAGCUCCGAUCUGAAGAUGGAGACAGACUUUAAAAUCCAGGCCAUAACCACAGAACACAAAGACAAGGUGAGGGAGCUGGUGUCCCAGCAGUCCGUGGAGUGGUCAGCGCUGAUGGGCAGCCACGGCGCCGAGGGCCAGGCGCUGCGCGACCAGCACGUGCUGCAGCAGUGCGAGCUCCUCAAGGCGCUGCUUGCCUCGCUCCAGCAGCAGCACCGCCAGCAGCUGCAGCUCAUCCACGACCGGCAAGGCAAAGAGAUCCGAGUCAAGCAAGCCAAGUCCUCAAUGGAGAGCGGCAAAGCUAUCAGUCAAGAUAAAAGCAUCAAAAAUAAGGCAGAGAGAGAAAGGCGGGUACGGGAACUGAACUGCUGCAACACGAAGAAGUUCUUGGAGGAGAGAAGAAGGCUCUACAUGAAGCAGUCCGAGGAGACGGAGCAGCUCCAGAGAGCCCAGCGAGAACAGCUGGACGAGCUGGAGAGGUGCAUCGAGCAGCUCUUGCGAUCACAUCACUCCAAGCAUCACUGUGAAGCUCACAAAGAUGCAGGGGAAGAGGAAAGGCAACAGGCAAGCCACAGUGAUGCAACAAGCAGUCAAACAUAAUGAAGAUUGCAUGUUCUGUACAUUACAGAUCACACACACAUACACACACACACACACACACAUACACACACACACACACACACAAACACACAUACACACACACACACAUACU